CUAAGCUCCCUCUCUAUAUAUAUUAGUCUCUCUCAGCAUAUGCAAAAAGAAUAAUAGCAUAGCAACAUUCUUACUUUAUCAUCUAUUUUGCAAAACCCAAGAAGUGGUUCUUGUUUUACAACAUAAAAGGAACAGUGUAAAAAUAUGGAGAGGGAAAGUGAUGUAGUAAAGGGUUCAAAAUUCAAGAGGAUUUGUGUGUUUUGUGGGAGUAGUCAAGGCAAAAAGAGUAGUUAUCAAGAUGCUGCCAUUGAACUUGGCAAAGAAUUGGUUUCAAGGAAUAUUGAUUUGGUGUAUGGAGGAGGUAGCAUAGGCCUAAUGGGCUUAGUUUCACAAGCAGUUCAUGAUGGUGGUCGCCAUGUUAUUGGAGUCAUUCCCAAGACACUCAUGCCUCGAGAGUUAACUGGUGAAACAGUAGGAGAAGUGAAGGCUGUUGCAGGUAUGCAUCAAAGGAAAGCAGAGAUGGCUAGGCACUCUGAUGCUUUUAUUGCCUUACCAGGUGGUUAUGGAACUCUUGAGGAGCUGCUUGAAGUGAUAACAUGGGCGCAACUAGGCAUCCAUGAUAAGCCGGUAGGAUUGCUGAAUGUGGAUGGAUAUUACAAUUCAUUAUUGUCAUUUAUCGACAAAGCUGUUGAGGAAGGUUUCAUCAGCCCAAAUGCCCGCCACAUCAUCAUAUCAGCACCAACACCAAAGGAACUAGUCAAGAAACUGGAGGAAUAUGUUCCUUGCCAUGAAGGAGUUGCUUCUAAGUUGAGCUGGGAGACGGAGCAACUUGGUUACCCCCAAGCACAAGAAAUUGCAAGAUGAAAGCUGGAUUUGCAGCAUAGAAUUGUGCGUUAGGACGUGGAAAUACUGAAUUACUGGGAGAAGCUAACUUGAAAUUCUUAAUUUUUGUCAUGGGGAAGGGUGUUCUUUUUUGUGUUCAUCCUGUAAAUCACUCUAGAAAUGAUAACAGUAUCUCACCCCCUUCAAGAGUGGAAAUUUCCUUGUUUACUGUAAGCUGUAACUACUAAGAUAUGCAUAUGGACUUCUUCUUAAUGUUUA